AUGUUCCCUUCUGACUCCCUGACAGAGCCAUUGCAGCUUCCCGAUACUGAUCCAGAAACUCAAGAAGGUAAAACAGAGUCAUUAAUUAUACAUUUUGUUAAGCAUGAACUUUUUGCAGUAUCGCAACAAACCCAGGCAGUGGAGCUGGACACAGACGUAGCUGCAUUUGAUAACGAGUGGCCAGUCAUAGCAGUGCCUUGCUACAUUUGCAAGCCAAAGUAUCAAGACCUCGAAAGGAAAGUAAGAAAUCUGGAGAUCAGAAAUGAAAGUUUGGUGCGGGACAACAACGUCUUGAGACGGAAUCUGCACGAUUGUGAAACAAGAGCUCAAGCAGCGGAAAAGAACGCCAACAAAGGACCCUUUUCAGCGGAGUGCAUCACAGAACAGUGCGUUAGCAUUUAUACGGGGCUGAAAACUGUUGCACUUUUUUCAUUUUUUAUUUCACUGUUUGACAAGUCAAACAUGUAUGUCCCUAGUAAGUGUACUGUAGCUGAUGUUGUGCUGAUUGUACUAAUGAAACUGAGGCUCUCGCUGUUGAACACAGACCUGAGCCACAGGUUCGGUUUGUCAGAAGCUGUGGUAGGCAGAAUAAUGUCUCGGAACAUUCCAAAAAUUGCGUCUGAGUGUAAGCGUUUUAUUAUUUGGCCCUCACGAGAAGAUGCAAGCAGAACGAUGCCAAUGACAGUAAAGAGAAAAUACCCGAGAUGCAUUGCCAUCAUUGACUGCACAGAAGUACGAAUUGAAAGACCAUUUGGCUUUUCAUCAAGGUCAAAGACCUACUCAAAUUACAAAAGCACAAACACAAUGAAAUUCUUAGUCGGCAUCACACCAUGUGGAGCAAUUAGUUUUGCAUCUAAAUGCUGGGGUGGGCGAGCAUCAGACAAAGAAAUUAUCUUAAAAUCCGAUUUUCUUGAAAAGCUUCAAGCCGGUGACACAGUUUUGGCUGAUAGAGGAUUUCUAAUCAAAGAAGAAGUGGCUCGUAGGGGAGCAGAACUUGUUGUGCCAGCAAUGACUAGAGGGAAGAAGCAACUCUCCGCAAAAGAGGUGGAAGACGCACGCCACAUAUCGAAAGUCCGCAUUCAUGUGGAGCGUGCUAUUGGCCGCAUGAAGACAUUUCACAUCCUCCGGAAUCGAAUCCCCAUCAAUUUGCUGCGUUACGCCACAGACAUCACAGUGAUUUGUGCUGCACUCACUAACAUGAAGCCCAGAUUAACUUGAACAUUGGGGCCUUUUGUCAGUCGAUCAUCUUGUCUCUCACCCCGUCCCUUUUUUUUGACAUGACGCAGAGCAUGUGUUUUUUCUCGGCGUAGCUACAUUUGUUUUGAAUUUGCUGGCAAUAUUGUGCAACAUGCUGUUGUUACUUUUGCAUUAAUUUUAUUGUUUACAUGUCAUUGUAAUUUGAUUCUGUCAUCCUUCUUGGCCUAUUUUUUGUACACUACAGGAUGAAGGACUGUCCCAACGACCAAACAUUUGCUCUAGUUUGCAUGAGCUUAUUCUGUAUUAUCCCUGUGAACUCCUUAUAUUCAUUGUACCAUCCGACUUGUUUGUCCUCAGCUUCUUCCUCCUUCUCAUCGUACCAAGUCCGUUGCUCUAGCUUACCACCAGUUGGCAGUCCUAUGUACUUUGCCAGCCUUUCGCUUAAUGCAACUAAUGCAUUGGCUAUCGGUAUUUACUCUCGUACCCCUCACUUUCCGCUCCAUCGUGUGCUGCGUCAUCCUUUACUUUUUCUCGAGUUUAUUAUUCUGCAAGUUUCAACCCCAUUGUUAAAUCUGCCCAUAUGCAAUGAUUGUGUACUUUUCUAUUUAGGGACAGCGCCACUUUACCCAUCAGACUUUGGUUUCUGUCAAUUGUAUUGCUGAAGAGCACUACGUCUUCUGCAAAUUCUAGGUUGCCGAAACUCUCUGUUAAUAGUCACUCCUGUUUCUUCCCAGUCCAGACAUUUUAAAUACAUAUUUUAGGCAUUCAGUAAAUAGCACUAGAGAGAUAGCAUCUUAUUGUGAUUUUAUUGCUCAUCUUAGUGUUUGUUUCUGAUUGUGUAAAGCCAGAACUCAUUCUGUUAUUUUUUUUUCUUUGUGUUAUGUCACCCACUCUCCUGUGCUACUUUGGGUAUUGAGGGUAGGUAAAUAAAGUAAAUUCAUAGCCACUUUUUGGUUGUUUCCAAGUUCAUGACUGAAAUUAUUCUUCAUAACAUGCCUCAGUCUAAUGUCAUUCUACCACACUUGUGUUCUGUACCAUUUUUUGGAUGGAUUAGUGCAAGUAGACUAUUUUCACAACGUUGCAUGAUGAAUCGAACAAAAUUCCCUAAAAACAUGAUCAACAAAGAGUGCACAUGCCAUGUUAAAUUAAAAAGGAGAACAAAGCUUAUUAGCAUAUUCGCAGAAGCCCUACGCCAUAACACGCUCUUUUGCCAAUGAACAUUUUGACACUUAAAGGGCUCCUCACCAGGUCACAUAACGAAUUUAAGUUAGAUGCUGGAAGUUGUAUGCCCAGUGAAGAGCAUUAUGCUGCAAGAAUUUUUAAUAUCUGUGCAUUCUUAGCUGAGAAAACAAAUAUUUUGAAGCGGCGCGAAACCAUGAUGCGAGGAGGCGAGUUUUCAACCUUUGUCACUCUCUCAACGUAGCCUUCGCAAGCCAAAUCCCUUCCCUGCCCCUAUCGGCACGCGAGCCGGAGGAUUGCAUGACGCAUGCGCAUGAACAAGUUAUGCACACGCAAGCUCACGAGUUCAUGACGCGAGAAGCGAGCGGUCUUGUCAGCGUGCUCUCGCCAAGCUACGCCAAUUACUGUGAAAGCUGCGACAUUUGUGCCGGCACAAGACUAGCGGUAUCAUCAGCGAGAGUCGCAUGAACAUUUCGUUACGACGCGGGAAAAUAAAUGGGCCUAAUGAGUGCUUGAACACGGUAGAAAAUUACUUUCGUUUCCAGGGCUGGCGUCUGCUCGACGCGCAAACUGUGAGAACACGAACGCAUGCGAAACGGAGACACAUUA